AUGUGGCACACAGAGCUAGGCAAGGUUUAUGGUCUUCGAGCUGAAAUGAGUAUAUGGGGUUCCCCAAAUCAAGAAUACUCUCAAGAAUCUGGAGCUGCCAUACAGAUCUAUUGUUCAGACGGAGGAAAAUAUAGCUUAAUCGAAGCUGGAUAUCACGUUUCUCCUUCUUUGUACCGUAACAGAGAUGUCCGCUUCUUUACAUACUCAACGAAGGACACCAAAUCAGCAGGCUGCUACAACCUAGAGUGCGCAGGAUUUGUUCCUGCAACUGGAGCUGCUCUACGGCCUGGCCAAGCCGUUGCACCUCAAUCAACGUAUGGUGAAGCUGACCGCUACAUCAGGCUUAGCCUGAACAAGGAUCCAAACUCUGGAGACUGGGUAUUGUACCGGCAUGAUUUAGAAGCACCGUCAUUUUUGGGGCAUUUUCGAAGUCAGCUUUGCCCGGGAACAUUGCGAAUACAGGCAUUGACUGGAUUCGUGAAUUACCUAAGGAACACACAUGGUCCUCCGAUGGGUAGCGGACACUUUCCGGAUGACGAAGAUGACAAGAAAUGUGCAUACUUUAAGCAUAUUAAGAUCUACGAUGCUAAAGGUCAUGCUUGGGACCCAAUUACAACUCGCAUGAUCUCUUUAGUUGACAGGGAAGACUGCUACAAUGAAACUGACUUUACAGUGGAAAUUAAUAAGGGCUACAUUUUCUAUUAUGGUGGACCAAGUGGUUGUAACGGUUAA